ACUGGUCUCCCGAGCUGCAACAUUCCACCCUCUUGUGCGUUUGUAAGUUGCUUGGAAAGUAGUGUGGUAUAUAACGGCUUGAAAAACAACGGUCGGCUACAUACCUUGAUCAAACGCCGUCUUGUCGAUAUCAUCCAUGGCCUCCGCAGCGACGGCAUCCACCUCGGAACCCGCAGAGCUAGUGUCGGUAAAUCACUGGCAUCCCAAAUCGCGCGACGUUCCUCCAAGAACUGCUUUUGCAUUCGAUCCCAUCGAGGAUGCGCUCGAGGCGUUCGCGCGGGGCGAGUUUCUUGUCGUAAUGGACGACGAGUCGCGUGAAAACGAAGGCGAUCUCAUUGUGGCUGCGUCAGGGUGCUCGACGGAGCAGAUGGCAUGGAUGAUCAAACAUACGAGCGGUUACAUCUGCAUCGCUCUCCCAGGCGAGCGCCUAGAGGAACUCCAAAUACCAAUGAUGGUCCCCCAAAAUGAAGAGCGACACCGCACUGCCUACACCGUGACCGUCGACUACAAGCACGGCACCACCACCGGAAUCUCCGCACACGACCGCGCCCUCACCGCCCGCGCGCUCGCCUUGCCGUCCUCGACGCCCGCCGACUUCACCCGCCCCGGCCACCUCGUGCCUCUCCGCGCGCGCACCGGGGGCGUCCUCACGCGCCGCGGCCACACCGAGGCCAGCGUGGAUCUGUGUCGGCUCGCGGGGCUCGCGCCCGCCGGCCUCCUCUGCGAGAUCGUGAACGACGACGAGCAGGGCAGCAUGUCGCGCCGCGACGAGUGCCGCGCGUUUGCGGAUCGGUGGGGCGUCAAGAUGAUCAACGUCGGGAUGCUCGUGGACUGGCGGCGGAAACUGGGGCCCGCUCUACAGAACGGACAUGUGGAGGACACGUAGGCCCCGGACUCAUAGCCAGGGACAGAACGGCAAACAGCAAGAAAUAAUAUUUAGGAUGUCUUAUCAUGUUAUUUAUGUGUGCAUCAGCGACUGAAAACAUCUUUAUCUUAACUUUCUUUCAAGCAGUAUUGCAGGCUGGUGGGCAUCUGGCUUUUCAAGUAGAUAUACAUCUCUGAGAUUAAAUGCAUCAGAACUGCAGAAUAAAAGUCGACAGCCGGAGUUUACACAUAGAGCCAAUAGACGAUGCCUCAUUCGAG